AUGGCAACUGCCACCACCGCCCUUUUGCCCCCGAGCGAGGCCGAUAGCUACGACUAUGUCAUCGUUGGAGGAGGCACCGCCGGCUGCGUGAUCGCCUCGCGCCUGGCUGAGUACCUGCCCAACAAGCGCAUCCUGCUGGUCGAGGCUGGCCCCAGCGACUACAUGGACGACCGCGUGCUGAACCUGAAGGAAUGGCUCAGUCUAUUGGGAGGAGAGCUGGACUACGACUACCCGACCACCGAGCAGCCCAUGGGAAACAGCCAUAUCAGACACUCUCGAGCCAAAGUCCUUGGCGGCUGCUCCUCACACAACACUCUGAUUUCCUUCCGCCCAUUUGAAUACGACACCCGCCUCUGGGAGGAGGCCGGAUGCACAGGCUGGUCCUUUGACAUGUUCACUCGAGUGCUGGACAACCUGCGCAACACCGUCCAGCCCGUUCAUGCUCGCCACCGCAACCAGCUCUGCAAGGACUGGGUCCAGUCUUGCUCCUCCGCAUUGAACAUCCCCGUGAUCGAAGACUUCAACAAGGAGAUCCGCUCUAAGGGAGAGCUGACGCAGGGUGUCGGCUUCUUCUCGGUCUCGUACAACCCAGACGACGGCCGGCGCAGCAGUGCUAGUGUUGCUUAUAUCCAUCCUAUCCUUCGCGGGGAGGAAAAACGCCCGAAUUUGACUAUUUUGACCAACGCCUGGGUUUCGCGCGUCAAUGUCUCUGGGGACACAGUGACCGGCGUCGAUGUCACCCUUGAGUCAGGCACGAAGCUAACGCUUCGCCCCAAGAUUGAGACUAUCAUCUGCGCCGGCGCAGUUGACACGCCACGAUUGCUGUUGCUGUCGGGACUUGGCCCCAAGGAGCAGCUCUCGUCGCUGGGAAUCCCCGUUGUCAAGCAUAUUCCUGGAAUUGGCGAGAAUUUGAUCGACCACCCAGAGAGUAUUAUCAUCUGGGAGCUCAACCGACCAGUACCACCCAAUCAGACUACAAUGGACUCCGAUGCUGGCAUCUUCCUACGCCGAGAAGCACCAAAUGCCGCUGGAAGCGAUGGCGUUGCUGCCGACCUGAUGAUGCACUGCUACCAGAUUCCUUUCUGUCUCAACACCUCCCGCCUGGGGUACGAUACCCCCGUAGAUGCCUUUUGCAUGACCCCGAACAUCCCGCGCCCGCGCUCUCGCGGACGCCUUUAUCUCACCUCGGCCGACCCCAAUGUCAAGCCAGCCUUGGAUUUCCGCUACUUCACGGACCCCGAAGGGUACGAUGCCGCAACUAUUGUGGCAGGCUUCAAGGCGGCUCGCGAAGUCGCCAAACAGGCUCCCUUCAAGGACUGGAUCAAGCGCGAAGUUGCGCCUGGACCGGGCAUUGACUCCGACGAGGCGCUCUCCGAGUACGGCCGCCGCGUUGCGCAUACCGUGUACCACCCGGCCGGCACAACGAAGAUGGGCGAUAUUAGCCGCGACCCGUUGGCCGUGGUUGAUCCGCAAUUGCGCAUCCGCGGGUUGAAGAAGGUCCGUAUUGCGGACGCUGGCGUUUUCCCCAAUAUGCCUACCAUUAACCCUAUGCUUACCGUGCUGGGUAUUGGUGAGCGAGCUGCCGAGCUUAUUGCCGAGGAGGCGGGCUGGAAGAGGAACCAGCCCAGAUUGUAA